UCGCGCUCACGUCACCGCCGAACACACGCCAGCAACCAUGUCGGGAGGCUGGAACACAAUCGAGUCGGACGCGGGAGUCUUCACAUACCUCAUCGAGAAGCUCGGGGUUAAGGAUGUGCAGUUCGCGGAGCUCAUGACGCUCGACGCCGACGACCUGCGGGCGCUGGGCGACAUCUACGGCGUCAUCUUCCUGUUCAAGUACCCCACGGGCGAGAAGGCGACGGACGUGCCCAAGGAUGGCACGUUUGACCACGAGGCGGCGAAUAACCUUUUCUUCGCGGCGCAGACGAUCCAGAACGCGUGCGGCACCCAGGCGCUGAUCUCGGUGCUGCUGAACAAGGAGGGCGAGAUCGACAUCGGCAAGGAGCUGAAGGAAUUCAAGGAGUUUGCGGGCGAGUUCCCGCCCGAGCUGCGCGGAGAGACGUUGUCGAACUCGGAUCUGAUCCGCGAGACACACAACUCGUUUGCGCGCUCGUCGCCCUUUGUGGACGAGACGCAGCGCACGGCGACGGCCGACGACGACGUCUACCACUUCAUUGCCUACACGUCGAUCAACAACACGCUGUACGAGCUCGACGGGCUGCAGCCGGCGCCCAUCUCGCACGGGGCGUGCACGACGCAGGAGUUCCCCGCGAAGAUUGUGUCGGUGCUGCAGCGGCGCAUCGCGCGCUACCCGUCCAACGAGAUCCGGUUCAACCUGAUGGCGUGCGUGCGCGACCUGCGGAUCCGGGCGCGCGAGUUUGGCGACGAGGACGGGCUGGAGGAGCAGGAGGACAUCCGCGCCAAGUGGCUGUGGGAGAACUCGCUGCGGCGCCACAACUUUGUCGGGUUCGUGGGCGAGCUGCUCAAGGGCGUGGUGCAGGCCAAGCUGGAGCAGGGCGACGGCGCGUACGGGAAGUGGGUCGACGACGCGAAGAAGCAGACGGUGGAGCGGCGGGAGAAGGCGCGCAAGCAGGGCACGGCCAUGGAGUAGGUAGACAGAGUGGGCUGUUCUGCGUGGAGACCCUGGCAGAUGCACGGCCUGUGACAGGCGUCACCCAUACUAUAUGAUAUCCUGUGCAGCGCUAUCCGAACAUGUGUGCUGUGGUCUGCAUGCGAAGACAGCGAGCAACAAGCAGCUGACCACAUGUAUGCAAUUGAAGACGUGACACGGAACGUUGCUGGCGCAUCUCUG